AUGCCCUACACGCUCAAAGGUCGCAAUGUGCUCGUGACGGGAGGGUCAAGAGGACUCGGAGCAGUUAUUUGCGAGAAAUUUGCUGCAAAAGGAUGUAAUGUUGCUAUUAACUAUGGAUCGAAUGCCGAUGCUGCCCAGCAGGUCGCCCACGACAUCCGGCAGAAGUAUCCGGUCAAAAUCUGUAUUAUUCAAGGAGAUGCCGAAGCUCCGACAGACAAUGAGCGUAUCGUCAAGGAGGCUGUCGAAAAUCUAUCCGGGCUUGAUAUCAUUAUUGCAAAUGCCGGAUGGACCAGAUUCACUCGGCCUGGCGAUAUUUAUGAUUUAUCUCAUGAUGAGUGGACCAAGUGCUGGAUGGUAAAUGUCAUGGCGCAUUUGCAACUUAUGCAAACAGCUGGUCCAAUCAUGAAACAAAAUCCUGAUGGAGGUGUUUUUAUCAUUACUUCGUCAAUAGCAGGCCAUGUAACUGGGGGAAGCAGCAUCGCCUAUUCCGUGACGAAAGCCGCAGCAUUGCACCUGAUGAAGCAUUUCGCCUUCAUUCUAGGACCUGAGAUCCGCGUGAAUGCCGUUCUGCCUGGACUGCUUUUGACUGAUUGGGGCAAGAAAUAUCCCGAAGCAGUAAUUGCUGGACAGAAAGACAAAGCCGCUCUUAAACGAGAGACUGACUUAGAGGACUGUGCAGAUCAAUUCAUCAGCAUAGCCAAGAACACUUCCAUGACAGGCCAGGAGAUCGUGGUUGACUCGGGUCUUGCUAUGGGAAGUCUGACAAAGUCUAAGCAGACCUUGAAUUAA